GUGGAACAUCCCAGUGGGCAGCCAGUGGACGACCCAAACACUGGCAGCAAAGCAGCGACUACCGAACAUCACAGGGGACGCAGUCUAUUUAUUGGACAUUUUUUUUUCUCGCCGGUAAACGAUGUGACCGAGUGAACUGAGAGUUGUGCGGCCACUGCCAGGAACACAUGACAACUGAGAGCUGGGGAGAGAGAGAGCGGGCUCGCCAUGGCAUCCCAGCCGAGUUUAUAUGAUGAAGAGAGGAAUCGUCUCCGCCUCCAAGCCUGGGAACAGAGGAACCAAGGAACGAGCCAAGUCAAAGAACUCAGCGCUGAGAAUGUCCCUCUUUUUGGGGUGCCAUACAAAACAAACAGAGGUGAUGAGCUUUCCGACAGGAUCCAGAGGAUGUUGGGCAGCUAUGAAGAUGUGAACAAUCCCUCUGAUCCCUCAGUUUACAUAAUCUUCACGCAGCCAACCUCUGAUAAGCCCGGCAAACCUCCCGUCCAAGACCAGACCCAUCACAUAUCCAGCCAAACCAAUACUAUCCCCUCAAGUAACGGUUACCCCUUACAGCCCAUGACAGACGCCCCUACUGCCCCUUCCUCUCCAAACCACCAAAGAGACACAGUGACGUUGCCAAAGGGUUCGUUGGACCAUCUAAUGGGCCAAAAGAAGAAGGAUGAGGCUUCGUCAGAUCUCAGGGAGCACCCUAGCACUCCUCAGGAAAGGUCUGCUCAGUUUCCGGAUGUCAAGCCAUUACCUUUCCUACAUUCCAAUGAUCCCAAAGUCGCACUCGCUAAAGGCACCUUUGAUUCAUGUCAAGAGUCCACAGAACCCCCAUCUGCUGCCACCACCGUGGAUGUUUCCACAUUUAACCUCAAGCAGUCGCCCGCAGAUGCUUCCCAGAUGCAUCAGCCCGGCAAAAGCGGAAACUCACUUCUCUCACAGAACUUCCCUCCGCUUUCCUCGUCCAAGCAGCCCAGCAUAGCCAUGACCCAGAAGCCGACGGCGUAUGUGCGGCCCAUGGACGGUCAGGACCAGAUGCUUAGUGGGUCGCCCAAGUUGAAGCCUUCACCUGAGCCGUACGUACCACUACAGGAGAUCCAUAAGGCCAACCGUGGCAAGACCAAAGUGCUGCCCCAAUAUUUGGAGACAAGGACAGAUGAAGCACUGAGUGUUGAAGACAUCUUGAAGGAGAUGACUCACUCCUGGCCUCCCCUUCUGACCGCCAUACACGUCCCUAACUCUGACGAAGCCCAAGCCAAGGAAGCAGAGCAAGUCUCUUCAUGUCUGGGGCAGAAAUGCCAUGCACUGUCUUCUGGAGAUCCCACCCAUCUCAACGUGCAAAGCUCCUCAUUCCCGCACAAAGAGGGUCACUCCAGUGGCGUGGAAUCUGCAAGUUCCAGCGACUCAGACAGUAGCUCCAGAUCCGAUUCUGACAGUGAGGAGCCUUGCAGGCUGCCACUGAGCAGCUCCAAAACCGAGCCUGAUGCAGCAGCAGCAUCCCAUGGCGACUGGCAGUUGGGGAACUGGAUCCGCUCCAGUCAACAGAACUCCGGCAAUGAAAGCCAAAGUGUCUCAAAAGUCUGCGAGAGUCCCGCUCACGAACCGCCGCAGCCCCUUCAAAGUUCCAAACACUCAAAUGUGGAGACGACCGACCCCGUCGGUGAGUCGAAACCACCAAAAGACUUUGGUGGAAACCUUCCCAAUGUGCAGCCGUCUGUCGAGAGUUCUCAUGAGAGUUUAUGCCAAAAUUCUGCCGCCGACAUGAAUGGUUGUACCAGCUCCAAGAAACAUUCGGGCAUUGCACACAAACCAGCGAAGGAUCACACUGAAGCGGCACACAAUGUAACAUGUGAGGACGCCAUGGUACUCUCUAUCUCAGACAAACCCAAGGUCAAAACGAAAAUGGGACGUUACAAAAAAAGCAGUGACUCUAAAAGCAGCAGUGAGAGGACUUUUAAAGUACCAGACAAAGAGAAGACUGAAUCCAAUCACAGGCCUGAGGUGGUCCAGGUCCAACGUGAUUGUCUGUCUUGUGGCGCCAGACACCCCGACCCCUGCUCCUGCCGCCCCCAAAAUCCCGCCCGUCCCGACCACCCUUCUCCUGCGCCACUAGUCAGAACCAGCUGUAGCAAACCUAACGUAGAAGUCGUCUGUCAUAAAGAGGCCAAAAUGAUUCCCAAAGCACCGUCCUCUACAACCCACAAGUCCAGCAAGAAGUCUGGACGCGUUUCCAAGUCUUCUUUGAACAUCCACAACAGACCUGUUACAUCCCUGCUGGUAAAGAUCGAUCUAAGUCUGCUUUCUAGAGUCCCACAAGUGACACCCAAGAAUGCUGAGAGAACUUUGCACACAUCCGAACACAAGACAGAGGCCCGCAAGCAACCUAAAGCCAGCAAGAAGAGUUUACCUCACAAUGUGGCGGAGUCGGAUGACAGAACUCUUCCCAGGAAGAAGCGGAAGCUGGAGAAAAAGAUGACCUCAUCCAACCAGGAGUCCUCGGUCAAAGUGGAAGGUUGCAGCAACCAAUCAGAUGACCAGAAGCAAAAGAAGGCUAAGAAAAACAGUGUGGAUUUGCUGCAGCACCAAAAAACCAAAGACUCCAAAGUGCACAAAGUGUCUGGCGUAGAGACUCGCAAGGACGCCCCAAAGAGCAGAGACUCGUGCAAGCACAAGAGCAGCCGAACAAGGCACACGCCACAACAGAAGAAGCCAUCUACACAGGCUCCCAAGCAACAACCCCCGAGGCCCUUGCUCCAGUCUGAGGACAGGAAGUAUCCAGUGAAGCACUACAUCAAGGAGGCCAAAAGACUGAAGCACAAAGCAGAUUCAGAGUCCGACAAGCUCAGCAAAGCCUUCAACUACCUUGACGCUGCCAUGUUUUUUGUGGAGAGCGGCAUCGCAAUGGAAAAGGACCCCCGGAUAUCGAUGUCUUCCUACACCAUGUUUGCUGAGACCGUGGAGCUCCUCAAGUUUGUGCUGAAACUUAAAAACUCAGCGGACCCAUCUGCCCCCCCCUCAGAGAAGGACUUUGUAGCAUUAUGUUUGAAGUGCCAGGCUCUCCUGCAGAUGGCGAUGUUUCGCGACAAGCACAAAACUGCACUCAAGUACUCGAAGACGCUCACUGACCACUUCAGUAACUCCACCCUUGAUGCCUCCGCCUUCACCACAAAAGGUCCAGGCACCCCGUCGUCCCCCAUGGCCAGCAUCCCUUCCCCAGCCUGCAGUGCCAGCAAACACGGUGGGUCGGCGGCGGGGCCUGCCAGCGCCACCAUGGCGGUCCCCCUAGCAGUCCAACAGGUGGCGCUGUCCUACAUCAACAUCACAAUGUUAGUCCUCAGCGCUCAUGACCUCUGGGAGCAGGCGGAAGAGAUGGCGAGCAAAGGCAGCGGUGUUCUAGCAGAGCUGGAUGCCCUCAUGGGCCCCGUGAGCCUGACUUCCUGUGUAAGCGCCAUGGUGCGUUACACCAGACAGGGUGUUUUGUGGCUGCGGACGGACAGCCAAAAAAACUAACAAAUGGCUGCUAAGGUACACAGACACCUCACCCCCAAAAGCGCCCACAACCCCGCAGUGGGUCACCUGCUGCUGAUGAACUCUGGAGGUCAUAAACACUUGAUUAUAUCCAUCUAAUUGCACUAAAGCAGGGCUGAAGUCACAGAAUGCUUUUACAAUCAGGCCUAAAAUCAUCAUCAUUUGUUUGUACUGUUACUUCUAAGACCCACAUUUAUCAUGAACUUUAUCACCUUUUUUUUUUUUUAUCACAAACUGUGAGGAACGCAACUAACAUUUCAAUCAAGCAUAUCUUUCCUUUUUAAAGCAGAAUCAUGCACGCUUUUGAAAGAAAGUGCCUUUCGUCUGUCAGUUAUACAUUUCCUUCUCUCCAAAAUUGUUGUUGUUCCCAAUCAGGUUUCGAGUUGUGUCAAUCAUGUUUGUCAGGGCAAUUUUUUAUUUUUAUUUUUUAUUUAUUGAGGUUAUCGUUAUUUUUUUCUACAAAAAGUGCACUUUUCCUUUGCCGAGUUUGCAGGAACCCAUCAUAGCUGUGGCUGGAUUUAUUUUCCACACCUUAUUUUUUUAGGUCGUGGAUGAGAUAAGUUGCACCCCUCAAGCCUCAUAGGAAUAUUGUAGCAAACUGCAGUCACGUUUCUUGGCCGUUUUGUCUCGCAAGAUGUGGGAGUGUAAGAAAUGCGAAAAAGUACUUACUGGAUGUCGGUGCGCACUUUCCGGCAAAACGAGCAUGUUAAUUCAUUUGAAUUUUUAAUUCCAAAUUACAAAGCAUGACUUUUGUUGGCUUAUCACUCAAAUGGGUAGAAAUGAUCAAUGUGAAAAGAAACAUUUCUUUAAACAGUUGCGCAUAAAAUGAGCAAAUAUCGUUAAAGAAAAAAAAACAGCCCAGUUGUUUUUGAUGUUGGCAAAUUUAAGUUGGUGUGUGUAAUGAAAGGAGCAAAGAGUGAUUAAUUGGAAACCUUUAUUUUUCCCCAAACAACAUUUUUUUUACAGUAUUAAAAACUGUCACCAUCUUAACUUCAACUUGUUUUUCUUUGUCUAACCUGUGGAUUCGUAAAUGAACGACUCCGUGAUCGGUUUUGUGGAAUAUGUCCAGAUUUUCUGUUGUAGUGUUCAGAGAUCAAUAAACACUGGAAAUGACUUGGUUUUUACAUUUUUAUUUUAAUCAAAGGGAUCAGAUUAGGGCUUUGUACAGGGUUUUGUAGAUCAAAUAUGAACUGGAAAGUAUCAACAAAAAAAUAUAUAUUGUAGGGAAAUGAAUUCUUACUUUAACAUAUUUACAAUAAAUCUCAUUCAGACUCCAGUUACGUGUCAGACUAUCCCUCAAAGUUUGGGUUGGCAAACGCAGGCUGCAGAAGGAGAGUGAUCUAUUAGUACCACCUUUCGUUAAAAAAAAAAAAUCUUUUCAUCCGGCCGCUACUUACCACAUUGAUGUUACUGGCUGAUCGCGUCGACAGGCUCAGACUGCUCAACUUGUACCCUUGCACACUGAAUAUGUAGAAAAGCAGUCCGCCUAGUAGGCUGAUGAUCACAACAGCUCCGAUGAUGGCGCCUGCAAUAACGCCUCCAUCUGAUCAUAGAGAUGACAAAUGUAAGAUUUUAACCGCAGUACUACGUAUUGCUAACCAAAUACCUCACUGACGGCAUCAACCAAAUGUUGUAAAGGCAGCUUUCGUAGAGUGAAAUGUAAGCAAGAUGAAAUACCAAAAAUCAAGGUCAAAAAUACAGUGGAACCUUGGUUAACGUCAUUAAUUUGUUCUGAAAUGGACACUAACCAAAUCAUUUUUUCCCCCAUAAGAAAUAAUGUAAAUCCAAUUCAUCUGUUUCAGAAAGCCAAAAAUGUUAACACAGAACAUGUUUUUACAGUUUUACAAUUAUAGUUUGACAUGCAGAAAACAAUUUGAAAUGAAUUUAAUUACAGAUGGUUCGAAUCUCCGUUGGGCAUCUCUGUGUGGAGUUUGCAUGUUCUCCCCGUGCAUGUGUGGGUUUUCUCCGGGUACUCCGGUUUCCUCCCACAUUCCAAAAACAUGCAUGUUAGGUUAAUUGGCGACUCUAAAUUGUCCUUAGGUAUGAAUGUGAGUGUGAAUGGUUGUUUGUCUAUAUGUGCCCUGCGAUUGGCUGGAGACCAGUCCAGCGUGUACUCUGCCUCUCGCCAGAAGUCAGCUGGGAUAGGCUCCAGCAUGCCCCGUGAUCCUAAUGAGGAUAAGCAGCAUAGAAAAUGGAUGGAUGGAUAAUUACAAAUAAAUGAGAAAUUAAGGCUAUAAAUGAUUUAAGGUUACUUUCACCUUCUUUGAACACGUGAUUCUUGACGUGAUUGUCCCCAAAGACAAGAUGUGGCAGCGAGAUCAGCCACCACCACCAUCCUGUUCUGACAUGAGUUGCUUCUUUAAUUCAGUAGUGCUUCUCCCCUCAAUGCUGUAACCCAAAAUGGAGCCAAAGAAAGCUAAUUUGAAGUUCUUAAUUGCCAACGUGUAAUGGGAGAACUUUGAGACGCGCUGGCCGAGAUAAAAUGUUAGUUAUUUAAUUUUGAUGAAAUGAUGGACAAUUAACAAACCAAGAAUCAAGCUUAUUUGUUGUUCUAAACAUAAUUAAGGUGUUUUUACUCACUUUUUUUGACUCUCCAACAAGAUUAUGCUUUUUUUCCCCAGCAUUUUACAACAUCAAAUGCAAAUGGUUGCAAAUUAGACGAUGACGUCAUCUAGCGACUUCUAUGACAGCCGAUAGCUACUUUUCUUACUGAGACAUUGGCAACAGUGGUUCCGGUUGCCAUUUUGUUAGCUAGCUAAUAGAAUGCUAACAAGGAAGGACGUUCUUGAUGUAUUAAUAUAUAUUAAGAAUACAGAUGGUGUAUUAAUAACACAAAAAGACGCACAACAUAUUGUGCGCAAACUGGGGAAUGCAGACAAAUCUAGGCAAAAUUGUGUCGUAAAUUUUUUUUUUUUACCAAAAAACACGCUAACUGGGGCGGACGCUAACUGAGGUUCCACUGUACUUAUUUUAACUGACAACAUUUUUUGGAUUUUUUUUUUUACAGGCGCUUUCUAUGUUUAGGCGAAUUUGCUGAGCUAAGUAUCAGAUUUUAGUACAUAUUACUUAAAAUAAGCAAAGUAAUCAAACGCAACAGAAAAUGGGACUUGGCAUAAGUCUUGAAACAAGGAAAAUAAAAUGCCACUUUGGCAGGUCAAAUUUUCUUCUUCUGUUGGCUCAUUUUUCUCAGAUUUUAGUAUGCACAGUAGAAAAUUAGAAAAAUAUCAGUAUCAGACGAAUCAAAUAUUAGUUGCGAAUAAGUAUUUUCGACCUUGAUUUCAGGUAUUUUCUUGAGUUUCAGUUUUUGCAGUGUCUUAAGCUGUGCAAGUGUAUCUAAAUGUGUUGAAUUCUGUUGAACUCUCACAGUACUGUAUCUGUACUGUACUGUGAUUGAAAGAAGAUGUCCCACUCACAGUCGGCACCUGGUCCGUCGGUAGGGAAAAUGGGGUUUCCGCCAUCAUCUGUUGUAUAGUCUGACAAAAAAAAAAAGAUUCAAAGGGAGAAAGCGCUCAAGUGUUUGACAGGAUGUACAUAAAGUACACUGGGCUUUAGAAAGGAAUGCUUACACUGCCGAUGGCGGCACACAAAGCCUCUCUUCUGCAGGCAGUCGUUGUCGUUCCAACGUCCGUCGGGGUACAUCUCCACGCAGUUCUCCUCGGCCACUUCACCCGGGUGAAAUGCUGCGUUGGGCUCACCGGGAGCCCAGUUUAGGAAGCCCAAAGCUGUCUGGUCUGUCCAGGCCCAGCCAACUACAACCACACUGAAAAGGUAAGUGCACAUGUCCAAGACCUGAAUGGUAGUUAAGUUGGUUUGCUCACAGUUGCGGUCCCUGGUGAGGCCGAUCCAGAGGUUGUGAUAUUUGGUAUGGUUUAGGCUCCUAAUAAACUCUACUUCCGCCCUGCUGUGGAUAGACACCAUCUCAGUCUUGGCUGAUUCGCAGUAAUGGCGUGAGUCAGGCCAGGAGAAGCCCUGCUGCUCGUUGUACACGUAGUAACAGUAGCGUCCAUAUGGGAUCCAGAACGGGAAACACUUCCCAUCACCGGGAGCGGGAGUUGGUGGUGGUUUCUCUGGAAGAAGAUAUGAUUUGUGAUUUUUGGAUCAAUGCAAAGAAAUAAUCAUGAUGAGUGAAGAAGGGCUUGAUACCGGAGGAGAUUUUACAGAUGUAGGGUUUGGCUUCAUCACACUUUGUGUCGUUCCAGGUGCCGUGAAACACUGGUGAGCCGCGCAUGCUCACGCACCCCUCAUCCUUCAGGUUGUCGGGCUCUCCGGGCCCCCAAUGAGUAAAGAAUACUGGCCAGUCGUCUAUCCAUGCAAAGGCGCCACCAUCCUGCGAGACCAUGUUGCAUGAAAGUAAACAAUCUGUCUUUCAUCCAAAAACGUGUGUAUUGCCACCAAACCAGCACCUUGAGCCUCAGUCCUAUCCAGGCAUCCCCUCUGCCCUGCAGAACCACCCCAGCAACAAAGGCCUGGUCGUAGCUCAUGUCGAUGCUGGCCAGGUUUCCACCUUGCUGCUGGCAGGCUGCCUGGGCUGCAGCCCAGGUCUCAGGCUCUUCCACCAGCUUGUAGCAGUUCAGGUACCAGGAUAUGUAGCCAGCGGGGCAAGGGCUGCUU